UGUUUCGGCGCUGCUCAAACGGUUCUCCUCCGCCGCCGCUCCUCUUUCGGCGUUUGGAUUCAGUUAAUUUGCAUAGGUUUAGGUUAUUGGAUUAUGGCUCGGGGGAGAUCGAGAGAUAGAAUCAGUCAACUUCCUGCGGAUAUACUUGACCACAUCUUGGGAUUCUUGCCAAUUCAAGAUGCUGCUAAAACCGCGGUGUUAUCUUCCAUUUGGAGAGAUGUUUGGUUUAGUCUUACCCAACUCAAUUUCGAUCAUGGGUUCUUUUGUUAUAUUUAUAAGAAACAUCGCCAUGCAAACAAGUAUGCCAAGAAAUCGGCGGUGAGUUUAUACGUGAUCAACAAAAUUCUGCUGCUGCACAAAGGAACAAUUCGGAAAUUUGUUCUGAGUUUUUAUAAAGUUGGGGUUGUCAUUGUUCGUGAGAAACAUUACAGAAAAAAGGACACUGCUGGAAUUAUGCAGGAGCUUUUGGAUCUUCCCUUUGCUUCCACAAAAACGAAAAUUAUUAUUGUCUAGUUGAUGGAAUGAAGUCUAUUGGUGACGGCAUUGUCCCGAUGUUUUGGAAGAAACGGCUUAGUUUGAGGCACACACAAAAUUCUCCACAGUGAUGCUGGAGGAAUGAAAUGCUUUUUGUU